AUGGCGGCUGAGUCAUCGACCGCGCGGCGGAACUUCCGGAUCUCGCCCAUGCCCCUGUCGGCCUUGGCAGUGAUCGAGACGGAACUCUUGGCGCUGGGUGGCCACGACAACGCGGUGUCGUUAUACUCAACCUCCUGUGGCUCUUCACUCUCAAGGAGUUCCAUGCAUGCCGACACCGUCACCUGUUUGGGUGCAGCUCGCUGCAAGAGCGACGGGAUCGUGAGCGGCUCCAGGGAUCAGUCGGUGGUGACCUGGGCGGUGACGCCCAGCGGGCUGAAGAGUGAGGUGAUCUUCGACGACUUGCAGCAACCGGUGCUGUCCUGCGCGUGCUCGGGCUCCUUGGUCUUGGCGACGGCAGCGGAUCAGCAGCUGAUUUGUUGGGACAAGCGCAGCGGGCAGCCGAUCCUCCAACGAGAGACCCUUGACCUCACCUCGGUUUGGGUGAGGAUGGCGAGUCGGGUUUGGGCUGCACCUAUGCGGCCGCUUUGGACAAUGCUGGGGAGCUUCGGUUGUGGGACUUGCGCCAAUGCAGCGAAAGUCUAA